AUGCACGUUUUCAAUAUGAAUCAUAAUAUAUCCAAUUCGAAAAGCGAAGAUUCUAUUGAUUCAGGCGUUUACAGUCCUUCUUUUGAUAACAACAAUGAUGCAGCUCAAGAUACAACCAGUUCAUUGUCUCUUGUACGUCAAUUAGCUGCUCAAUUCCCAGAAUACGAAAAACAACCUCAUAUGGAGCCCUUUGGUGGUGUCUGGAUGAAUCCGAAUACAGAGAUCGAUGAUGAAAGAUCAAAAGCAAAUGCAGAACGUGUGAUUGAAGUAUCCAACAAUGGAAGGUUUGCUAAACUAAACACAUUUCUCGGUAAAGGCGCCUUUAAGGUCGUCUAUAAAGCAAUUGAUCGAGAAGAAGGAUAUGAAGUGGCUUGGAAUGUUCUACAGGUAACGCGUCAAGAAGUAAAAGCACUCGGCCAUGAAAUCGAAAUUUUAAAGUCAGUGCGCCAUCCAAACAUCAUCACAUUUCAUGAAGCCUGGUACAAUGAAACUGAAUUCGUGUUUAUUACUGAACUCAUGACAUCGGGAACCUUGCGAGAAUACAUUCGUAAAUUGUCGCCUUUGCCCAACAUGAAGAUCGUCAAACGAUGGUGUCGACAGAUCCUAAAGGGUCUUGUCUAUCUACAUGGCCAUAACCCCACAAUCAUCCAUCGAGACAUCAAAUGUGACAAUAUCUUUAUUAAUGGCGCUCAUGGCGAAAUCAAAAUUGGCGAUAUGGGUACUGCAGAAAUGAAAAUUGAUAAAAAGUAUACUGUCAUUGGUACUCCUGAAUUCAUGGCACCUGAAAUGUACGAAGAAAAAGGAUACAGUGAAAAAGUUGAUAUCUAUGCGUUUGGUAUGUGUCUGUUAGAGAUGGUCACUGGUGAAUACCCUUACAACGAAUGCACCAAUGCUGCUCAAGUCUUCAAGAAAGUCACACAGACCAUUCGCCCUGAAUGUUUAUCUCGCGUACAAGAUCCUGAAGUCUUGGCCCUGAUCAACAAUUGUCUUGCUUCUGAACAUGAACGUAUGUCUGCACAAGAAAUACUCGAACAUUCGUUUUUAGCAGUGGAGCCUGAAGUAGUAUUGUUGGCUAGUGAUACAGCCAUGAAACAAUUGACACUCCAGGUUGUAUUCAAAGGCAUGGAUAAGUUAUCGGUCAAGUUCGAAUUCAAUGCAGAUACUGAUACAGCUGAAGAUGUGGUUGCUGAGAUGAUUGAGGAGCAAGUCCUUCCUGAGCGAUACCAACAGUUGAUCACAGGUGACAUUAACCGACUCUUACGAGACUUGAAUAAGCAACAAAACUCAACGCCCGAAAAGGCUGAAGAUGAUCGUAUGGUCUGGCGAAGAGAAAACGAUAUCCGUUCAGAAUUAGAGCGUGCCAAACGAGAAUUAGUGAUGGCUCGAGACAAGAUCUUUAAUGCCGAAAAGAAAUGCGAAACAUUCCUGCAACAGACUCAGAUCGCUGAAGAAAGAUACAAAGAUACCAUACAUGCUCUGGAACAAGCAAAGUUGUCUUUUGAAGCUGAAUUGAAACAAGAAUCAGAUAUGUUUACCACGUCUCCUACUUUCAAUCAAGCAGAAGAGUCUUCGGGCACUGCGAAUUCAGCAGAAUAUUCGAAUGAUACCAGCAUUGAAGCUUUUGUGCUUGAAACUGCAGCAGCUACCAAUCGUAACAAAGAUAAGGCAUUAGAAUGGGUCCGUAAGCUUCAAAAUCAAGAUAUCAUGACAGUAGGUGAUCUUCGGGAUUUGCACGAUGAAGAUUGGGCUGGUAUUGGAUUAACUGUGUUUGCCCAUCGAGCUUUAAAGAACAUGCUCACGAGUAAGAAGAAUCAAUUAAGAUCAAGAGCUACUUCAAGUGGCACCAAUACACCCAUUGAUGAACAAGAUCAAUUUCUUUAA